AUGACAGUAUCCGGCGACCUUUCCAGCGAAGACGGCGGCGGAUUUGUGGUCAGCGACGCCAGUCCAGCCCCCGAAGCGCCCAAGAAGGAAACAAAACUGCCGACGUUCAAGCGGAAGCCGAGGACCGCUGCAACUAACAAGGCCCAGCUCAAGGAGUUCGAUGACGAGGGUAAUGAGGUGGUUCAGGACCCAUCCAAGACCAGAUCUGCUUCAAGUCAGGAGCCGGCUGCCGCGCCUAAGAGACGUGGCCGUUCCAGAGCCGUUAUUGAUGACAAUAGCGAGGCUUCUUCGUCGUCGUCGCUCGCUACACGAGCUAAAGUCGCCACCCGAUCCCGAGCCACAAAGCCAAAGGCGACACGCAAGCGGGCAAUAGUGGUGAGUGACGACUCUUCCGGUGAUGAGUAUAAGGCCAGCGAUGAGUCUGAUCGAGAACAGGCCGUGGAAGAUGGAGGGUUUAUGAUUGCGGAUGAUCUGGAGGAGGGCGAAGAAGAGAAACCCAAAAAGAGAAGAGCUCCAGCUAAAAAGAAAGCCAAGAAGGACGACUACGAUGAGCUGGAUGAAGACGGAAACAAAAAACCCCGGUAUCUCAAAUACUACGACCGGACUACCAAGGCUUUGUUUGAACAGCAUCCUGAGUUGGAGAACACCUUUAUUGAUCUCGACAAUAAACCGAGGAUCCAGGUUGAAAAGGCCGAACAGCCAAAGUCUAUGGCUGUAACUCUGCUGCCGUUUCAACAAGAGGGUCUCAACUGGCUUUUGAAGCAGGAGGAGGGAGAAUACAAGGGCGGUAUUCUUGCUGAUGAAAUGGGAAUGGGUAAAACUAUCCAGACGAUUGCCUUGAUCAUCGCCUCGGGAGUCAAGCCCAACCUCAUUGUCGCCCCUACCGUUGCUCUGAUGCAAUGGGCCAAUGAAAUUAACGACCAUUCUGCGGGCUCUCUCAAAGUGGCUGUUUACCAUGGAGCCAACAAAGAUUCAUUCUCUGUGAAAGAUCUGGAGGGCUACGACUGUGUGAUGACGACCUAUGCGGUUCUAGAGAGCGUUUACCGACGUCAACAGAGCGGUUUUGUGCGCAAGGGAGUCGAGGGAAAGCAGUACAAAAAGUCUCCUUUGCAUCAAGUUCAAUGGGGAAGAGUUGUGCUAGAUGAGGCUCAUAAUAUCAAGGAUCGGGCAAGUAACACCGCCAGAGCCGCCUUCAAUCUCAAUACCGAGAAACGGCUUUGUCUCUCUGGCACUCCUCUUCAGAACCGAAUCGGUGAAAUGUUUUCGCUGAUUCGGUUCCUCGGAAUCAAACCGUUCUGCGAGUAUUUUUGCAAAAAAUGCCCCUGCCGAUCUCAUGACUGGAGCUUUGUCAACAACCGAACAUGUGUCACGUGCGGGCAUCGACCCAUGGACCACACAAACUACUUCAACCACGUGCUCUUGAAACAUAUCCAGAAGGGAGGUAUCAGCAAAGAAGGCAAGGAGAGCUUCGGCAACAUCCAGAAACUGCUCAAGCACAUUAUGCUGCGUCGAACCAAGGUCGAGAGAGCAGAUGAUCUCGGUCUACCCCCUAGAAUCGUCACUAUUCGACGGGACUUUUUUAACGAGGAGGAGAAAGACCUCUACCAGAGUAUCUACUCGGACGUGAACCGGAAAUUCAACACCUAUGUGGCACAGGGAGUGGUUCUCAACAACUAUGCCAACAUUUUCUCUCUGAUUACUCGAAUGAGACAGAUUGCAGAUCAUCCUGAUUUGGUUCUGAGACGUGCCAACCAGGGAGAAGGAGGAUACAUUGACAAUGCUAUCAUUUGCCAGCUAUGCGACGAUGAGGCCGAAGAACCCAUCAAGUCCAAGUGUCACCACACGUUCUGUCGAGUGUGUAUCAAGGACUACUGUUCUGGAGCCUCUGACUGUCCCGUCUGUCAUAUCAACCUGACUAUCGAUUUGAAUGCCCCCGCUAUUGAACAGGAGACCAACUCCAAGGAGAAAACAUCGAUUGUUCAGCGAAUCAACAUGACUGGUGGCUGGCGAUCUUCCACAAAGAUUGAGGCAUUGGUCGAGGAGCUAUACAAGCUGCGAAGCGACAGACAGACCAUCAAAAGCAUUGUUUUUAGCCAGUUCACAUCUAUGCUGGAUUUGGUGGAGUGGCGGCUUCGACGAGCAGGGUUCCAAACCGUCAAGCUCCAGGGUAACAUGUCCCCUACCCAGCGACAAAACUCCAUCAAAUACUUCAUGGAGAACCCACAGGUGGAGGUUUUUCUGGUGUCUCUCAAGGCCGGAGGAGUGGCUCUGAACCUAUGCGAGGCAUCUCAGGUGUUCAUCCUGGACCCCUGGUGGAACCCUUCGGUGGAGUGGCAGUCUGGAGACCGAGUCCAUCGUAUUGGACAGCAUCGACCUGUUAAGAUUACUCGGUUUGCGAUCGAAGACUCCAUCGAGUCGCGUAUCAUUGAGCUUCAAGAGAAGAAGGCCAGUAUGAUUCAUGCGACUCUGGGACAAGAUGACGGAGCCAUCAACCGGCUAACCCCUGCUGAUAUGCAGUUUCUUUUCACUAACUAG